GGGGCUGCCUGCGGAAGGGGCCGUGCGCGUGGGGUCGCUCCGCAGCUGCGAGUUCAUGGCGUCCCGGUGCUCCGAGCCCGACCCGGAGGUCUCCGGAGUCCCCACCGUCAGGGGAUGCAACGGCUCCUCCCUGUCUGGUGCCCUCUCCUGCUGCGAGGGCUCGGCCCAGGGCUCGGGCCAGCCCAAGGCCCCUACGGUGGCCGAGGGUCCCAGCUCCUGCCUUCGGCGGAACGUGAUCAGCGAGAGGGAGCGCAGGAAGCGGAUCUCGUUGAGCUGUGAGCGUCUGCGGGCCCUGCUGCCCCAGUUUGAUGGCCGGCGAGAGGACAUGGCCUCAGUCCUGGAGAUGUCUGUGCAGUUUCUGCGGCUUGUCAGCGCCCUGGGGUCCAGCCAGGAGCAGCAUGCUAUUCUUGCUUCCUCCAAGGAGAUGUGGCACUCGUUGCAGGAGGACGUCUUACAGUUGACGCUGUCGAGUCAGGUUCCAGCAGGCGUGCCAGACUCUGGGACGGGAGCAUCUGGCGGGACUCGAACUCCAGAUGUGAAGGCGUUUCUGGAACGUCCUUGGUCCCGGGAUCCGGCAUCGGCUGGCGCAGAGCCCCUGCCCCACGUCCUUGCGUCCUCCAGGCAUUGGGACCCUCCGAGCUGCACGUCCCUGGGCACAGACAAGUGUGAGGUGCUGUCGGGGCUGUGCCAGGUGCGGGGUGGGCCGCCCCCUUUCUCAGAACCUUCCAGCCUGGUGCCGUGGCCCCCAGGCCCGAGUCUUCCUAAGGCUGUGAGGCCACCCCUGUCCUGGCCUCCGUUCUCGCAGCAGCAGACCUUGCCUAUGAUGAGUGGGGAGGCCCCUGGCUGGCUGGGCCAGGCUGGGCCCCUGGCCAUGGGGGCUGUACCUCUGGGGGAGCCAGCUGAGGCCCCCAUGCCUGUGCAGGAGGCCAGGUCUGUGUUGGGGUCUGAUGUGGAGGAUGGGACGUCCUUCCUGCUGACUGCCGGUCCCAGCUGGUGGCCAGGGUCCCUGGAAGGCCGAGGAGGCAGUGGCCCUGCAUGGGCUCCAGCUGAGAGCAGUCCACUGGAUCAGGGAGAGCCAGGCUUCCUAGGGGACCCUGAGCCUGGCUCCCAGGAGCUCCAGGACAGCCCUCUGGAGCCGUGGAGCCUGGAUGUGGACUGUGUAGGCCUGGCCCUGAAAGACGAGGUGGAAAGCAUCUUUCCUGACUUCUUUGCCUGCUAGCAGCCGGGCUGUGGAGAGGAGGCAGGCGGGGCCGGUGGAUCUGGAGCCGCGUGUGUCCCUGUCGCGUGCUUGGGCAUUUUAUUUUGGGUUUGGGUUGCAGCUGCACCCUAAUUUGAGCGAGGCUUACAGGCUGUGACAAGAGGAUACUGAAUAUUAAAGAGAGAAAGCAGUUUUCUGGAGGAAGCAAAA